AUGUAAAAAAAUUACUUUUAUCAAUUUUAAUUUUUUAUUUGGUGACAAUUAAUAUUGGGGUAGAGUCAUUAAAAUGUGGAAAAGGGGCACAGAAUCCAAACGGGCAACAAAACAAUUUGGAGUUUUAUGUAAAUGGUAUUAGAAAAGCACAAUACAAAGGACUUGCUUGUAGAUUUAUGAAUAAUGGUGUAUUACAAAUUACCGCUGGAUCAACAUUUAAUGUAAAUGACAAUUCAAUGCUUGGAAAGUGGGUAGAUGGAGAAGUUAGAUAUUUAAAUACUAAUAAGAAAGACCCUAAAGCUCGUUUCUUUUUUACAAAGAAUAAGAAAACAGUAUGGAUCAAAGAACGUGAAGAUAAACCAACACCAAAACCAGCAACCAAGUUUGAAUGCCCUCCAGAAUCCAAAGGUAAAAAACCACAAGAAGUUGAUAUUCUAGUAUUAUCAUAUGGCUAUGGUGGUGCUGUAGCAGAAUAUCAGGGAUUGGCAUGUUUGGCUAAUGAUCAAACUACCGGUGAUGAAUAUUGGGUAUUCAAAGAUACAAUGACAGUCUAUGGCCCUGAUUAUAAAGAUCGUUGGUUCAAUGGAGAUGUCUGGUAUAAUCAUAUAAAGCCAACCAAAAAAAUUGAAGGUAUUCAGCUUUUUGUUUCAAAUGAUAAAAAAACAUUAAAAAAAAGAUAAUAAAAAACAAUUUUUAUUUACAUU